GUUCAAUUGAUAGAUCGUAAGUGAAUUAAAUGGUUCUAUCAUGAUUUUUCACACUACACUAGCAACUCUUCUACUUCUCCCUUAUAUAUCUACUCAAGCCCUACAGCCCACAAACAAAACCAAAAGGACCACAGUGAACGAUCAGAUCUACAGCCACGGAGAUGCCAAAGCCGUUCUAUUCUACAUGGAAAAUCCACGUCCUGUAGAGCUGCCCGAGCUGCAAGCAUCCGCAAGCAAUCAGGGCAUAAGAAACUUCUACCCGGCACCAUCUAAGCCUUUGGCUCUGGUUAGUGUGCAACAACCCAUACAGGUUUUCGAGCAAGAUAACCCGAAACAAGUGGCUGAGCAACAAGUCCUCUAUGAGUUCCAGCAAACUCCCACCAAUGCCGUGUCCAAUGUUCAUGUCAAGCAACUGUUCCAGCCCAGCAACCAGGAUAUGACCACCCCGAUCCCGAACAUCCAGGGGCAAGCUACGGAUCCGUUUCCGGUCACCCAGCCCAUAGCCUCGGGGUACAUUAGUAGCCCUUCAAACUUUCAGACGCAACAGAAGCAUUUUGCACCCCAAUCCUCGUUGGUGGGCAUUAAUAGCCCCAACAGUGCAGCCACCAUAGUGUCACCCGUGCACCAUAGCGUGUACACAAACCACGGCCUAGGAUCGGCCCAAUCGUUUAACUCUUACCAAAACCCAUUUUUAACGGAAACCCCGCAACAGUUCCAAAGCGGCACCAAUAAGGCCCCGGGAAAGUACAUCUAUUUAAAUGGCAAAAUUGUGUACAACCCGGUGCACAUCAUCCCUCAAUCGAAGCUAACCCCGAACAGCGUUUACCAUAAGGGAGUCUACCAUAACCAGCAAAAACUGCCCUUAUUAAGCAACAAUUUACCAAACAAUUUUAAGCUUAACCAGGCGCAGGCCCAAUCCGGUUUAAACAAAGAUUUCACUGUGCCAACGAGUCCUGCGCAGCCCCAAUUCGGACCGAAUAAUAAUAAUAGAGACUUUAGUCAUAGGGCUGCAGUGAAGCAACCCUCGGAAAAAUUGACUCCCCCGGCAUAUUUACCCCCCAUAACGAAACAAAAUGCUGGCUUUAAGGCCCCUAAGAAGCUGCACCCCAUAGACAAACCCUCGCAGCCCAUAAAAGAAGACGUACAGGAAGAAAGGGAGGAAGAGGGGGAACAGGAGGAGGAGGAGCAGCCCGAAAGGGAGGAGGAAAGGGAAGAGGAGCUGGAGGACGACGACGAGGAGGAUGCCGCAACAGAGAACGAAGAAGAGCGUGAAAGUCCAGAAAGUUAUAGUGAGGAAGAGACCUAUGGUUACGAAAGAUUCCCCUUCGAUGAUGAUGAUGAUGAUGAUGAAAGGGACCAUUACUUUAAACCCACAAAGUACAGAAAAAACAAACACCAUCACCAUGAGGAAGACCAUGAACAUCAACACGAAGAUGAUCAUGAAGACCAAGAAGAGCAUUCCAGGCACCAUCAGCCAUCCAAAAGGAAACACCGUAACCCGCCAAAAUACGACGACCGCGACUCCUUCGGGUUCCACGAGGGUUACAGCAGCAACAGCAAAUACAAAUACGCCAAGAAAAAUGGGAAAUUGACGAAAGGGGAUAAACCAAGUGGGAAGUUCAAGAAGGUGAAGUACUCGAAGGUGGGCCAGGGCAAGCCGAAAGUCGAGCACAUCGAAGGGAAAUUCUCGGAAAAUAUCCCGGUGACCCAUAAGGCGAAGAUUUACAAGGAACGCUGGUACGUGUCCAAGGAUAUCGAGGGCAACAUGGGCAGGAAACCGAAGAAAUAA